GCUCCAGAAGCAGAAGAGGAAAGGAAAAACAUAGCACUUGUGGAGACUUAUCUACAGAAUUUCUACAAUCUUCAAAAAGAUGACCAGCCUCACGUAAGGCUCAAGAGUGUAAACCCUCUUCCUGAAAAGCUCAAGGAAAUGCAGGAGUUUUUUGGACUAAAAGUGACUGGAAAACCUGAUCUUGAGACUUUGGAGAUGAUGAAGAAACCCAGAUGCGGUGUCCCUGAUAUAGGGAAAUAUGUAUUCACAGAAGGGAACCCAAAGUGGAAGAGAAAUAACCUCACAUACAGGAUUGUGAAUUAUACCCCACUUAUGAGACGAGCUGAUGUAGAUGAAGCAAUUCAAAAAGCUCUCAGUGUCUGGAGCAAUGUGACACCACUCACCUUCCAAAAGAUUGAGGACAAAAUGGCAGAUAUAAUGAUCUCUUUCGUUGUUAGAGACCACCAAGAUAACUCUCCUUUUGACGGCCCCAAUGGGCAGCUGGCUCAUGCUUUUCAGCCUGGUGAAGCUAUCGGUGGAGAUGUGCAUCUUGAUAAUGAGGAAUACUGGACAAAAGAUGGAAGAGGAUACAACUUGUUCAUCGUUAUUGCUCAUGAGCUUGGCCAUUCACUGGGUCUGUCUCAUUCCACUGAUCCUGGAGCACUGAUGUAUCCAACUUAUGCCUACACUGACCCUAAAGAAUUCCAUCUUCCUCAGGACGACAUUGAUGGCAUUCAAGCCAUCUAUGGACAGUCCAAUGCUCCUGUACAGCCAACAGGACCCACAACUCCACAAGCCUGUGACCCUAGUUUGACGUUUGAUGCUGUUACUACACUGCGGGGAGAAAUGAUGUUCUUUAAGGGCAGAUAUAUCCUGCGCAAACAUCCUCAGAGGAUAGAGACAGAGCUCAAUUUUAUCUCACUGUUCUGGCCAAAGUUGCCAUCUGGAAUUCAAGCUGCUUAUGAAAACAUUGAAAGGGAUGAAGUUUUACUUUUUAAAGAGGAUAAAUAUUGGGUUCUCAGAGGAUAUGACAUUGCACCUGGCUAUCCUAAAUCAAUCUAUCGUUUGGGAUUCCCAAAGACUGUUAAAAGAGUUAAUGCAGCUUACAGUGAUGAAAACACAGGAAAAACAUACUUCUUUGUAGCUGACAGAUACUGGAGAUAUGAUGAAAACAAAAGAUCUAUGGAUCAUGGUUAUCCCAGGAAAAUACUCUCAGACUUUGGAAAAAUUGGCAGAGUUGAUGCUGCUUUCCAGAAAGAUGGCUAUGUGUACUUCUUCCACGGAACAACUCAGUUCCAGUUUGAUCCUCGUGGGAAAAGGAUUGUCAGGCAAAUGAAGAGCAACAGCUGGUUUGAUUGCUAAUUGGAAUAGCUUUUCAUAUGCACAUUAUACGAUCUUAUGUAAUGGAUUUUUCAGCAUUCCAUGACGAUCAG